AAGUUAAUUUGGUUUUCUGGUAACACAGGACUAAAAACAGCCCUUCUAGAAAGAGAUGAUUUCUCAUCAGGGACCAGCAGCAGGAGCACUAAAUUGAUCCACGGUGGAGUCAGGUACCUCCAGAARGCCAUCAUGAAGUUGGAUUUUGAGCAGUACAGGAUGGUGAAGGAGGCACUGGAGGAACGUGCCCAUCUGCUGCAGAGCGCCCCGCACCUCUCGGCCCCGCUGCCCAUCAUUCUCCCUUUUCCCCUCAGGUGGUGGCAGUUGCCUUACUACUGGAUUGGGAUCAAGCUCUAUGACCUGGUGGCAGGCAGCCAGUGCCUCAAGAGCAGCUAUGUGCUGACCAAAUCCCGGGCUCUGGAGCUGUUCCCCAUGCUGCGCAAGGACAAGCUGGUCGGGGCAAUUGUCUACUAUGAUGGUAUGUGCUUUAAUUUGGGGCCAGGGAAGGAGUUCGAUGUCAGAGCCAAGUGUGUCAUCAAUGCCACGGGACCKUUCACCGACUCGGUGCGCAAAAUGGACGAUCAGGAGGUGCCCAACAUCUGCCAGCCCAGCGCAGGGGUGCACAUCGUGAUGCCUGGCUAUUACAGCCCUGACAACAUGGGGCUGCUGGACCCGGCCACCAGCGAUGGCAGAGUCAUCUUCUUCCUACCCUGGGAGAAGAUGACCAUAGCAGGCACCACAGACAGCCCCACAGAUGUCACCUCCCACCCCAUCCCCACCGAGGAGGACAUCAACUUCAUCCUGAGCGAAGUGCGCAACUACCUGGGCGCCGACGUGGAG